GCCACGGAGAGAGAGAGGCAGGAGCCACUUAUUUCAUGAGUGUCCUCCUCGCGCCCACACCUCCGCGCACAAGACAGGCGACAGCAACUAAGUGCAGGCAGAACUAAGUCCAGGACUGAGAGCACAUUAUGGACCGGAGGAUCAACGUGAACGGUGGCGCCGCGGACAUUUUUCACAAAACUCUCAGCGCUAAAAUGGACCCGUUUAGGUCAGCACCGGGUUUGGACCGUGCACAGAGGGAGCGCCAGUCGCCCAUCAGCUGCUUCGACCAGACUGACCCGGACCCCAUUCAGCCCGGAGGACUGACCGGUGCGAGAGGCGGGCCACUGGGGUUGCCCACCGGUUCUCUGUGCGUAAAGUACGGGGAAAGCGCCAACAGGACGUCGGCAGCAGAAAGCAGCGGAGGGGAGCAGAGCCCGGACGAUGACAGCGACGGCAGGUGUGACAUGGUGCUGCUGAGCGACGGGCGGACAGUAAGCGCGGGCAAAGCAGAAGGAGGUAAGAAAACCAAAGAACAGAAGAUACUGAGGCUAAACAUCAAUGCCAGGGAGCGGCGACGGAUGCACGAUUUGAACGAUGCGCUGGACGAGUUGAGAGCUGUGAUCCCAUACGCGCACAGUCCGUCAGUGCGCAAACUCUCCAAAAUAGCAACUUUGCUCCUCGCCAAGAACUACAUCCUGAUGCAGGCACAGGCACUGGACGAGAUGCGGAGGCUAGUGGCGUAUCUUAACCAAGGCCAGGCCAUCUCUGCUGCCUCCAUCCCGGCCACCACUGCUCUUGCAGCGCCUGGCCUCGGCGGGUACGAGCAGCCGCCCGGUUACCCGUUUCCCACCGGAGUGCCCGCAUCCUCGUGUCCUGAUAAAUGUGCCCUUUUCAACAACUCAGCAUCCAGUCUCUGCAAACAGUGCACUGACAAGCCUUAACGCAAACACGGACGGCGCACGGACUCUUUAAGAACUCUUUUUGAAGACGCUGUCGGCCGCCCAACAGCGCGUUAGAGACUGAUGAGUAAUUUUAUAAUAUUUACUAAAUCCAUUUGUUGCCACAAUACUUGAUUGUGUACAUAGUUCGUCAUAAGUGCUGGUGUGAGCGCUGGCCGUGCAGUGGGCCUGAGAUGUCACUUCUCGCUCUGAACUGGACCUGUUCACGUGAACACCUCAUUAUCUGCUGCUUCCUCACGAUUUAGCGCUUUCUGAAACUUUUGUGAUCAAAGCCUAAACUCUUAAUUUAAAUAGUCGAAUGUCAAGAAUGAGGAAAGUGGGACAGUGGGACUAAACAACUUCAACUUA